AUGAACAAGUUUACCAUUGAAAGUUGAAUUUCGAAACACGUUAUUAGGAAGUAGCUUCAGGAAGAAUGUGUGUCCUCACGAGGAAGUCGAGAUCGUGACUCUGAAGGAGCCCUGCGUGAAGGCCUACACCAAGUAUGUGAGGAGUCGGAAGCCGGGCUGCAACGGAAAGUUCCGCAGUUGCUCCGUCCGGGAACCAAAGUCAGUUGUUUUGAUUUUCAAAUUUUGAGAAGGUUAGAUACUUUUUAUAGCUAUUUUUCGGUUUUUUAUUUUCUUUUUCCAAAAAUUGCUCAGUGGCCAACUAAAGUUCCUCGGCAUCCAUUAGCGAUGAACGCGAAACUUUUAAUUUCAAGCUACGAUGCAAAGCGUUGUGGUUUCAGUUAAAAAAAGCAUUUUUAAAAAAUUUCCAAUUGGUCUGAUAUUUGAUAUUCCUUAUCCAGCCAUAAUACCUGAUUCCGUCUUACGAAAAAAAAAAACUUAAAUUGGAAAUUUAACAUUUUUUUAAAGUUUAUUGAUGAAUCGGUGCCGAAAAAAAGAACCAGCGAAAAAAAAAAUUGUUUUCUCUCUAACCUAGAUUAAAAAAAAAUAAAAAUGUAUAAAUAUUACUUUUUAUAUGCCGUGUUCAAUGAUGAUCUUGCGGAAUUAGAGGAAUAAAGUUAUAAUAAAAAUGGCUCGACACAGCGAGGAGUUUCUAAAAGAGCUGAUUCGUGUUCAGGACCGUCUAUUUCCACACCUACAACAAGGUGAACCGGACUCGACGACACACAGUCGCAGAGUGUUGUCCUGGCUGGGUUCACGUUCCUGGACAGGUCGGCUGUCAACGAGGUUCGAUUUCUUCUAUAGAAAAAAGUGACGGUUUGGGAAUAAGUUUACAAAAAGGUUCUUCCCAUUUGAAGUUUUUCUGUUGGUGAUUCCAAAAAGAUGAAAAGUUUGAUCCAGUUCUAAAUCAGUUGAUUAUCUUCUCUUAUAAAUCUUCUGUCAAUGUCCUGACAAACACAGCCACGUGAUUAUUGGCCGGAAAACGCGACAAGAACUACGCUUAAUUGGGGUCGUCCAUGUGCGAAGCUUUUGUAUUGUCCCACGCCGGAAUGCCGCACAUGUCAGGCCAAAUUUAGGGUGGUUGCUGAAGACGAUGAGAGCACCUGCUCGUCGAGAAUCGAAUUAAUCGUCGUUUAAACGUCGCAAAAUAUGCAAAUCGUUCUGUUAGAUGCAUCAAAAAGUUUUAUUGCUUCAUGGAUCUUCGGAUUCUGUUUUUUUCUAGUGGAAGACUUUUUUUAAGAAUCGUACCAAGGUAUGGUCUCAGCUAACAGUCGGAAUUGUGAAUUAGACCCAUCUAGAUCUAGUUUUUACGCUGAUUCUAAAUAUGUGGAAAAAGUUAGGGGCUCUUGAAAGUCGGAAAUUUCAAUGACUCCGAUCAAGCUCAUUUUUGGUGCUUUUAUAGAUUCUGUUCCACUGGUCCCACUGUGAGCAGAAACCAUCCCUUGGUAGAUAAAAAAAAAACUAAUGUAAGCUAAUGUUUGAAUAUCAGAAAAAGCUCUAUGAAGCUGUUCGAUAGAAACAAAAGUUCAUUCUUGUUGUGACCUUCUCUGAAAUUUACCUAGUCUGAAGCUGCUUUCAUAGUUAGGUUUUUGAAAAAUCUUGAUUUUGGCUCAAAACAGUGUCUAUAACAACAGGUUGCAUCCAGUUGAUAGCAAAAUAGUCUGAUUUCAUUAUUUUUUUUGUUUUGUUUGAGGUUUAGCAGUCCUGUUAGCCCUGGAUACUUUCCCCGAAAAGCAUUUCGCAUCUAGACUUUUUUUAGUCCAGCCAAUACUUCUUCAACAAAUCAAAAAGCUGAAGUAUGUGAAGUUUGUAUAAUUUCCCAUAAAAGUUCCAUCCGGCCAUCUGGAGAACAUGGGAGCCAGGCUGCCGACAGGUGAUGUCGAACCUGGCCGUUCUCGAUGUUCACGAACGCUCGUUCUUGGCAGGAAGACAAUGCUCAUUCGGUGAAAGAUUCAUGAACAGCCGCCGGCCGAGUUAACGACGUCGGUAAUUACCGUCGCCGUGUCAUAUGGACUCCUCCAUUGUUCUACAUACGUGUCGUUUGGCGCCGACGUUUCGUCGUCUCGACAAAUCGGCCCAUCCAUCAAAAUCGUCCGGGAUUUUAUGCAAAUUACGGCGGCUUCUGACUAAAAACAUUCCGUUCCUUGGCCUCAGUAGCUCUCAGGGGGGUCAAUUUGUUUGACGGUUGACCCUUCUUGUUCGCCACUCGAUUAAUUUGAAACCUGAUAGUUUGAGGGCAUGUGCGCGAAAUUAAUAUGUUUGACUCAGAGGUUCAGCGCAGUGGGUGAAGCUAACCUGGCACCGAGUAGAAUGAUUCAACAAUUUGAUAUGAGUGCUUUAAAACUUGAAAAGAAGGAGAAGAAAACAAAGCCACUUUUUUCAACUUAUGGCUACAUAAAAUGCCAUUUUUCAAAUUCAAAGAGCUUGAAACGAUGUCGGAACCCAAUAAAAGUCUCGUCUAGAAAGUCUGGUUUUGAAAAAUUCUCAUUGGGAAAUCGAUUUUUCAAACAAGUUUUACAGCAAACUGCACGGUAGACCUCUGUCACAAUGGGGGCACCUGCAUCCCGAACCUCGAUGGUUCUUCCAAAGAGGAAAUCUGCGCCUGUCCUCCGGGUUUCACUGGCGCCAAAUGUCAAUAUGGUAAGCUUUUUGAUACUUAUUUUUCGUUAGAUGACUCUUGAAGACGCCUUAUUGCAGAAGUUUGAAAAAGACACGGAAGAGCUGAUCUGAGAAGGGAAAAAGCAAUAAUUUGCCUUUAUUCAAUUUUCAGAUAAAUUUUCAGAUCAGAUAAGAUGCUAUGAGUGGAGAGAAUCAUCCAAUUCGCAGACUUCGAAAAAAUAGAUUCUCACUAUGAAUUGUCAUAAUUCAAAAUAUGACCUCUGAGCCCCUAAAGCCCCUUACAAACGUGACCUUGAAGAUUUUGAAUAUAAGUUGAUUUAUAGAAAAAGUUAUCAUAACGCCCUUUUUUUCCCAACUCAUCCUAAACUCGUUUGUAGAUACGGACGAGUGCGUCGUCGGAAACGGCGGCUGUCAUCACGACUGCGUCAACACGAUAGGGACGUUCUACUGCCGCUGUUGGCCAGGCUUCGAGCUCUCUUAUGAUGCGAGGACCUGUACAGGUAGAAUCACAGGUGAGAUCAGCGAUGACCGGAAAGUUGAGAUGUGGACGAGUGUCUGACUUCCAACGGCGGCUGUUCUCAUCGCUGCAUCAACUUGGACGGCGGCCACCGCUGCGACUGUCCCUCUGGCCUUCAGCUUCACUCGAAUGGACGGAAAUGCGUCGGUUAGUCUUCCAGAAAUUUAGUUUUGAAUGUUGGAUGAUGGUUUGUUAUGAAUAUAUGUAUUCCAUCCAUGAAACUUCGUGCCGAAGAGUUAUUGAGGAUUGCGGCUUUUGCCCUAAAAAUCCAGAAAACUGUCUCCAACAAAAAAAAGAUAGCAUUUUUUUGGUAAGCCUGAAAAUGCAGGGAAGCAUUUUUUUUUUCAAAUAAAAUCGGAAAAGCCCUUCUUGAAAAAAAAUGUAAUUUUGAGCCAUUUAAAAACAUUUUAUCAGUUUUCUUUCCCGUUUAUGAGUUCUCUGGAUUCGAAAAAGAUGAAAAAAAAAAUCAAUUGUUGUGAUUACUUGUUGGUCUCGACGCAAGCAAACAUGGCGAGAAGCGCACUUGACCUGAGCUUGCACAUGUCACAUUUGAGUGCUCUUCUUCAUCACCCGAUUUCGGCACCGAUUCCGAAUAAUGGCAACAAAUGGUUGAGGAGUUUACAGAAGCCAGCUCUUGCGGGGUCGACAACGGCGGCUGCGCUCAUCUUUGUGAGGAGAAAGAUGGAAAGUUCUAUCGCUGUAAAUGCCGUGUCGGCUACCGACUUGCUGAGGACAAACGCAAAUGUGAACGUAAGGAUUUUGUCGGUUUCAAAUUUUGCGGCAGUCGGUCUUUUGGAGAAAUUAGGAAUAUGUAAAAAAAACAUUCGAAAUGUUGCAACAGAUCAUUAGUAAGAGAGUUCCUUGACUCAAUACUUUUGAUAUUCUUGGAAGUCGGCUGAAAAACCUGCAUUGGGCGAACAAAUAAUUUCAACCUGCACAAUGUGAUUAUAAACGAAAUCUGGGAAAUUGAUCCAAAGCUCAUCAUAUUUAUUGCGAUACCGCAAAAACGAAUCUUGAGACCCCUAAUCUCGAUAAUUGUUAAGUUUUUCAUUUUUGAUCCUUUCUGAACUUUUAGUUUUUUGUUGAUUUUCAGAAGAAGCUUUAAGUUUGAACGACCUUUUUUUAAAAUUACUUUGUAGUUGACUCGCCUUCUUUUCUAACUUUUCUUCAACUGCCGAUUUUUCGAUUAAGAUCGGAACCAUACUCUUUCCUCUACUAAGACAAAUUUGCAAAAAUGUGAAAAGAAAGCGUUGAAAAAUAUUUCCGCUUCUUUGACUUUCUGCUUCAUUCGAUCUUUCGGUGUUUCUCACAGGUUUAUCGCUAAUUUCGAGUUUCAGCCGAAGAUCCGUGCGCAGAAAGGAAAGGCGGCUGCGAGCACCACUGCAUCAACGACAAUGGCCGGGCCAAGUGUCAGUGUUUCGGCGGCUUCCGUCUGGCCUACGACCGACGCUCCUGCAUAGGUUCUCUUCUGAAGGUUGCCCGGGACGACCUUCAGCUUCUAUCAGAUGUCGAUGAGUGCGACAGUGGCAGCGGCUGUCAACACCGAUGCGUCAACAUCCGUGGCUCAUACAAGUGCGAAUGUCGCGAAGGAUUCCAACUCGCCGAGGACGGCCGCACUUGCGAGGAGCUCCAGACUCCUUGUCAAAUUGGUGCGAAAUGAUUUACUUUCCGAAAAAAAGAAGAAAAGUUUUUAUACAAAUAUUUUAAGGGAAAACGGGAAAGCUCUUCAAAAACUUUUUUCAAAACAAAAUAUCUUCUAAGGGUUUCCACAGAUUUUUUAUUUCAAUUUUGCAUCGUUUUUACAUCCUCUAUCAAAAAGAUUCUGGAAAGCAAUUAGAAAGGUUUCAUGGAACUCAUAAAAGACCCUCUGAGGCUAUGAAAAACGAGCUUGAAGCUUUGUUUUUCAUUAUUUUAGGAGCUUUCAACGGUUUCUUUUCAGCUUUUUCAUCUCAAAGGAACUUUUUCUUUUUUAUUUAUGUUUUCCUUUUUCUAUCAUGGGAAAUAUUCUCAAACUGAAGAAAAACCGAAAAUAUGAAAUUUCUUUGACUCUCCAAAGUUUUAGUUAUUUUUAAACUCUCUAACGAUCAUUUCUUUUCUUCGAGUUUGCUUUGACCAAGUCUUUAAAUUUUUCUUUCCUGCAGUAGCCAUUAUAAUUUUAGCAAACGGCGGUUGUCAGCACAACUGCUUCGACCAGCCGGAUGGAGGCCACAUUUGCCGCUGUCGCGAAGGCUACGAGCUGCUUUCCGAUGGUCGAAUGUGCCAAGGUCUGUUUUCCGGAGAGAACUUCUGACCCAUCAAAAUGAUCUCGAUCUGUCGAGUGAGACAGUGUUGCCUGGCAACUUUACCAAUUGAAGUGGUCGGAGACCGCGUCUGGGAUCCUUAUGAGACGAUGACGUGCGUCGUCCGAGAUUCUUGUCACCGUCUCUGUAUGGAUGCGCGGACCGGACAGCUCCGUUGCUUCUGCGAUGCGGGGUUCCGAAUUCGCGGUUCCCACAACUGCGAGGGUGACUUCCAACACGUUGUGGAUGGCUCUAGAAGUAGAAAUCUGCACCUCACUGCGCACAGUUCUCUUUCAGUUGUAGAUGAUCUCUGUUUUCAAACCACCAAGUAGAUUCACACCAAUUCUUAAUUUUCAUUUUUUUUUUCUUCAAAUUUUAAUUUUUUCAGAUAUUAACGAAUGUUCAAAUGGAAAUGGGGGCUGCGAUCAGAUCUGUGUCAAUUUUGCAGGUUUUUUUUUUUGAAAUUUGCCAUCUCCCAUUCUAUUUUUUCCUUCUCCAGGUUCUUACGAAUGCCAAUGCAAGCCGGGCUUCAUGUUAACCUACGACCGCAAAACUUGUGAAGGUACCUUUUCAUACUAUACUAUCUUCUCAUAAGCAAAUUCAUGAAGGGCUUCGUAUAUAUUCUUUUCAGAAGUUCAUAUUUAUUUAAAAAUUCGGAAAGUUUUAAAUCAGGUUGUUCAAAAAUCUAGUCAUUAAAUCGUCUUCUCAUUAUUUUUCAUCGAAAGGUUUAUCUCAGAAAAAUAAAUCGAUUUCAAAAAUAAUAUAUUUUUAACUGAAAAAAAUAGUCAAAAAAACACAAUGUUUUCUUCUCGAAAUGUUUUGACACUUUCAAAUGGUUCAAAAGUUGGGAAAGUGAGCAUUCUUGAACAGAUUUUGAUUGAAACCUAAUAAACUUACCAUUUUCUUUUGGUAUUUGAAGUUUGAUUCAAACAGUUCUUCUCAGACCUGAAUGAGUGCGUGAACAACAACGCCGGGUGCUCGCAAAACUGCACGAAUCGGCCGGGCGACUACGAAUGUUCCUGCAGCGAAGGAUUCUACCUUGGCAACGACCGGCAUACCUGUCACGGUAGGAAGCGAAAUAAAGGGAAGAGUACUCUAUUCUGAAAGGUACAGAUGUGAAUGAAUGUCUGGUGAACAACGGCGGCUGCAGUCAGCUCUGUCGGAACGAGGAGGGCUCCAGACGGUGCGAGUGCUUCGGCGGCUACGUACUCUCCGAAGACGGACACUCUUGCGUCGGUUCGUCUUUCUAGACUCGCUAAUUAGUCACCGAACUUUUCUUACAGCUGCUUUAUCGAAUGCCGAUGAAGAAAUUUGUGAGUUUUUAGACACGUAGAAGGAGAUUUGAAUGGUAGACGUGUUGUGAGCAUUUGUAGCUUUUUACGCAUUUAAUUUUGAACUGAAUUGCAAGAAACCCGACUUCUAACAGAGCUUGUUAUUUCGCUUUUGCACGGCGUCUGUACUUCAGAUGUGGUACAGCUCCCGAAGCAGCUCGACUCCUCCAUCGACGCCGACUUGCAGACCAUCGACCCCGAAGACGUCGCUGCCAUCGAUGACGUCAUUUCGAGUCUCGAGAGUUUUCCCGAAGAAUCUCCGAAGAAGAAGAAACCCCAUCGACGGCGAUUUUCCUUUGGACGACGUCGGAACGUGAAAGGUUCCGCUUUUAGCUUCUGUGGCAUUUGAAGUUAGAUUUUUGAGUGAAUGAAUGUUACGAAUCAAUAAAAUAAGGCUUUUUGUGCGUUUUUUUUUUGCUCCUUCUACAAGAUUCAUUUCCCGGCCUGGACUUAUCUUUUCCUAUAGCUUUACUCAGGAAUUUAUCAGAGUUUCCUUUCCAUUUCUUUUUGAAAUUGAAAAAAAUUAUAAACGACUAAGUUUUUUUAAAAAUUCUCAAUAUUGAAAUUCAACAAUUCAAUUCAAUUUAUUCAGACCUCAGAGAAUUCAAAAAGGCUCUGCUGAAUUAUGGUAGAUUUGAAGAGAUUUGAAUUUGAUUGAAAUUCAAGCCCAUUGUUAUUUUCUGUGUGAGACCGCAAUAAAAAGUUUUCUUUGCAUCUUUUACUCCGAUUUUCCUCACAAAAAUAUUGCGUUUUAUCUGUUUCAUUUUAAUAUUCUCAAUGAUUUUUGAUUCCUACAGACUGCCCACCUGGACAUUUUGGUAAACAUUGUGAAUUCGGCUGUCAAGAUUGCAAAAAUGGAGGUUUCGGAGGAAAAGGAAAAAAGUUGGUUCAGAAAUUUUGUUUCCAGCACAAUGUACGGCUGUGGGCCAACGGAUGCGAUUGUCCAUCUGGAUAUUUUGGAGCGACUUGCGAUGAGAUUUGCCCUCGGGGAACUUGGGGCAUCGGAUGCACUCAGGUUUUUUAAAAUUAAAUUUAGUCAAAGGCUAUUGUCAAAAUAAGACAGUUAAAAAUUAUAUUGUGAGAAAUGUUCAGACUUGCCGUUGCAAAGAUUGUGAUGCUCACACUGGCGUGUGUCGAUGUGACGAUCCGAGUAAAUGUUUCUCGGAAGUUUGUCCUGCAGGUGCAUUUAGUUCUUAUUUAUGAGCUAAUCCUUUCUUUUUGAGGGUUCUACGGUAUGUCUUGCGAUCUGAAGUGUCGGAUGAACUGCGCCGACGGCCGUUGUGAUCCCAUUUUCGGCUACUGUACCUGUGAAGAAGGUCUUUUAUGGAGAAAAAUGCGACAAGGUUCAAUCUUCCUUUUUUCACAUUAUAUCCUUGUCUGCCCUUCUUUCAGCCCUGUCCAGCUUUCACAUUCGGCAAAAAUUGUCGACACGUCUGCAAAUGUGCUCGGGAGAACAGCGAUGGUUGUGAUGCCAAGGUUUGAAGUUUUCUGAAGAAAAGAGAUGUUGGAUAGCCUAAACGUUUAUUCUGAGGAAAUUCUACUGUUUUCCUAUGAAUCAUCCAAAUCUCGUAUAGUUGUUUCCCGGCUGGUUUGAGCCAUUGAAAAAGGACUCCUGGCUCGAUAGAAAAAGAGAUAGUGUCUUUUUAGAAAAGGAGAUAGUGUCUUCUUUUUUGUUGAAGAACGCAGACAGGCUAAGAUCCCGAGCUAGCCGGGAGUCGGCUAUACGAGAAAAGUGCAAAAUUUUUAUCUCUUUUUUCACGGACUUUUCCAGUCCGGAAAGUGCAAAUGCAAGCCAGGAUUCUACGGCGCCAUGUGCAAGAGAUCUUGUCCAGUUGGCUUUUUCGGUGCCGGCUGUGCUCAGAAAUGCCGAUGUCCCAAUGGUUUUUCAAGAAAUUGAUUCGAUUGCUUCAUUUUGAGAGUAUUAGGCGUCCGUUGCGAUUCAAACACCGGAGAAUGCACGAAAAAGUGUCCGGCUGGAUUCACUGGAGAAAAAUGCGAGAAGAGUGGGUUUUCUUCCAAAUUUAAUCUCAUUCGAUGUCAGAGAGUGAAAAAAAUUGUUGAUAAACUCUUUCUAUUAAAAAUUUUCGGCUUCUAGUGAAAAAACCUUCAUUGAGUACUGUCUAAAGCUGGCGAUGAAUAGAAUAAGAUUUUUUUAUUCUCUGUGUGUAGUGACUUCAGAAGACAUUUCUUUUCAUGAAAAUUUUGAAAUCACAUGUUGUGUCACUUGAUGGUAAAGUAGUUCACAGCGUGAUUGUAGAGUAAUUAAUGACACGUUUGUAUGUUUUGAAUUAUUGUAUGAACUAAUAGUGAGCGACAAUCCGUGUAAUUUUUUCCAUAGUUUUCAGUCACGAUUUUACGCGAGAAUACUUUGCGGCUUAGGUUCUGGGCCUCUCACUUUGACUAGUUCUGAUUUUAUUUUCUGAUUCACGAAAAGUAUAUUUGUAGUAUUGUCAGUUCUGCAAUAGUUCACCCACUUCGGAACACUCUGCUCACCUGUGACGAGUUUUUGAGCACGUGUUUCAGCGUGUCCCGCGGGCAGAUUCGGCCACGACUGCGAGCAGAAGUGUGGAUGUGAAGAUUCUGGGGGCCGCGUCUGCCACCACGUCACCGGGACCUGCUCCUGCCUCGCCGGUUUCACCGGUCCGCUGUGCGACCAAAGUGAGCACCUUCGUCUUCACUUUUUCGAUGUCUCUAGCCAAAAGUAGUGAUACACGGCUCACCAAGCACUGUCAAACGCUCGAUUUUUAUCAUUGGUCAUGUAGAAAUGUAUUAUUGUUGAGUUUUUUUCAGAUUUUAUUGCACAGAGGGUCCUAUCAGAAUUUUUCAACAGCUUUUCAAAUAAGAUGAAUUAAACUUCACUCAGAUUAUUUUGAAAUAGGUUUCCUUUGCAUCCGUUAUAUCAGUAAAUGAGAGUUUUAAUUUUUUCGGGACCUUUUUUAAUCUGUGUUCGAUUCAAACACCGUUUAACAAUAUUUCAUUCAUUUUUGACAGUCCAGAGGUUUCCAGAAUGCGUAUCUGGAACUUACGGUCCUAACUGCGCUCACUCGUGUGCUUGCAUCAACGGCGGAGAGUGCGACUCCAAAGAUGGAUCCUGCGCGUGUCCGGCAGGCUUCUACGGCGCUAGUUGUAGCGAAUGUACGGCCUUAAGCCUCAGCCGUCAAUCACGGAGACGUUUCAGUGUGUCCGUCCGGAAGGUUCGGCAAGGACUGCAUGCAGUUGUGCAAAUGCCAAAACGGAGGACUUUGCGAUGCGGCCAACGGAAAGUGCGAAUGUGCCGCCGGCUGGAGCGGUCAUAACUGCGAGAAGAGCUGCGCACAGGGAACCUACGGCAAGGUUUUAGAAGAAAAAAAAAAUGAACAGGGCAAACUUUAAGUAUAUGAUGGUUUAGAAAUCGCAUUUAAAUAAGCUUGAUCUUUUUUUGUUGUUUCUCAAAAAUCGAAACUAUUUGAGCACUGUACGAAGAAAUGCGAUUGUGCUGAUGGUAUGCACUGCGAUCCGUCCGACGGCGAGUGCAUCUGUCCACCAGGCAAGAAAGGACAACGGUGUGAAGAUGGUCUGUUCAUCUAUCCACGGUUCCAUUCAUUACGAGAAACGAUUCCAGUUUGCGAGACCAAUCAUUUCGGAGCCGGCUGCAAAGGCGUUUGCAUGUGCCAGAACGGUGGACAGGUAGACAUUUUUCUCUCUUUUUUUUGGAAUCAGCUUGUAAACAUUAUACUUUCAAAAGCUUUCUCCUUAGCAUUUUCGUUUGAAAGUUUAUAGUAUAGCAACUCCGACUUUUUUGUUGAAGACUUAACAGUUUCCCGAAACUUGACUGAAUGAAAAUAUGGGCAUUUAAAAACUCAUUAGUCCGAGAGGAGGGGUUGAUUUUCAAGAAAUAGGAUACAUAUUUGAGUUUGAACCCCAAGAGAUCGUUUCUAAAAAAUAAAAGUACGUUCUGAUCUCACGAGGACUUCAAUUCAAGGAAACUUGGGAGAAAGAUCGAAAAUCUCAUAGAAUGGUCGGUCCAUGAUCUCCUGAUGUAUUCAAGGAUGUUUCAUUAGAAAAAAUUAUAAACUUCUAGCUUCAUUAGAUUCAAAAUAUUUUGUUCAGUGUGACCCUGUUAGCGGAUCAUGCAGCUGCAAGCCAGGCUGGAGAGGCAAACGAUGCGAACGACCGUGUCCUGACGGCCGCUACGGCGAAGGCUGCAACGCGAUCUGCGACUGCGCCACUUCGAGUUUGUCGUUGGAGCGCAGAAGAGAGGGAAAAAUGGCCUUCAGAUGACACGACGACCUACAAUCCGUUCGUGGCACGCUGUGACCCGGUGAGCGGCGAGUGUCGCUGUUCUGCCGGAUGGACUGGUCCCGACUGCGCCACGCCUUGUCCGCCUGGCCGGUUCGUUCCAUCAAAAUAUCCCCAGUACUUUUCGUUAAGUUCAGAUGGGGCGAAGGAUGCAAAAACAGCUGUCUUUGCUCGAAUGGAGCCACCUGCGACCGUCUCACCGGCUAUUGCGACUGUCCGACUGGUUUCAUGGGCAAAAACUGUGAAACUGGUGGGUGCUCAGACUUUUUUCCAUAGUUCUUUAGGUGCAUCCUAUAAAAUCAAAAAAAAAAAAAAUCAAUUCAGCAGGAAUAUUUUUCAUUCCCUUUUACCCUUAUUGUAUCCCGUAGCACCAUAAUCGAAUCAAAAUCAGCUACACUCUGACGAAGUCUUGAGCGGAUAGCUAUCUGAAAACUCCUGGAGAAAAUGGCAACGGUCUACUCGAAAACGCUUUAAGCUAUCAUAGUUUUAACCCUAUACAGUUUGUUGGAAAAUCUAAAAACCGUUUUUUGGCGAUUCUGUCCAGAUUCUGAUGAAUAUAUUGGAGAAAAAUUGUACAGAAACGUGCUUACAAACCUUAUUUUUUGAUACCUGACCUUAAUUUAUUUUUAUUAGAUCCAGUAAUUGUUUCAUCUUUUUUUUCCGUAUAAACUUGACGAUGAGGGGUUCAGAAUGUCCUUCGGGCCUCUGGGGAGCCAACUGCAUGAAGCACUGUCUUUGCAUGCACGGAGGCGACUGCGACUCCUUGACUGGACAAUGUUCCUGCGUCGACGGCUGGACUGGACCGGCCUGCGAGUUCCGUCAGUUGGCUCACGGUUCUGAAAGAAACCCAGCUCUGGUUUUCAGUGUGUCCUUUUGGUCAGUACGGCAAAAAUUGCGAACAGCAGUGCGACUGCUCCAAUGGCGCCAACUGCAACCGAACCACUGGAACCUGCGAAUGUCUUCCUGGUUGGACUGGCGACAGGUUAUUCAUAGUUUUGAAAAGAUCCAAGGAGAAAGAAAAACAUGUUCUUUCGUUUUUUAUCGAGGCUAAAAUGAAGAUUGAGCUGUGUAGAACUUGAGGUACUUUUCACUGUCUUUCAAAAAAAAAAAGUUUCAUUCAUAAAAUAUUGUUUUUCGGAAAGUUUUGAAAUCCGAAACGGUUCCGCAUUAUGAUAAGACAAUUUUCGACGUUUUUCUAUCUCAUUUUAUGUCUUCAUCAAGAAAGGUUUUGCUUCUUCAGCAAGAGUUCUAGAAUUCUGAUAUUUGGGGUUUUAUACUCAUUUGCCGACCUGAAGCUUGUUAUUAAAGCAACAUAUUAAAGUUGGUUGAUCGCUUAAAACUUCAAAGCUCCCAUACAGAUGUGAGCGUCGUUGCCCCGGAGGUCAGUUCGGAUUGAAAUGCGAGGAGGCCUGCGAAUGCGAGAACGGCGCCCAAUGCGACGCGAUCAGCGGCCACUGCACUUGUCAACCUGGAUGGCGAGGCCGAAAAUGCAACCGACGUUGGUUCCGCGCGACUCUCUUCAACCUAACUCCUUGUUCAGCUUGUCUCAAGGGAUACUUUGGGCGGCACUGCUCUCAGGCCUGUCGUUGCGCCAACAACAAGGCUUGCGACCACAUUUCUGGGCGUUGUCAAUGUCCGAAGGGUUAUGCUGGACACUCUUGCACCGAGGUCGGUUUUUUUUUUGGUCAAAUGUGCCGUUUGAAACGUUCAAUUGCCAUUUUUAUCUUUGCCUUGUUUUCACGCAUAAUUUUCUCUUCGCGUUAUCAAAUUAUCCCAAGGAAUAGAUGGUUCGUUACUUUUUUAAUGUUGUGUUCGCGGUAGUCGAGGUAUGAACAAAGGUUUUUGGCCGAGUGAAGAAGUCUCAGAAUGAUAGACACGACACCUUAUGUACCCGUUUCAUGCAGGAGAUAAGAGUAUAUUUGGUGAGACGUGAUAUUACAAAAGUUUAUUAGGAUCCUUUAAUCAAUUUUCAACGGAAAAGUUGUACCAACACCGCUCUUGACAACACGGAACUAUGAAAAAUUAACAAAUUUUUUCAAAAAAAAAAACUUAAUGAAUAAGAUUGAGAUUAGUUUGAAAACUUGACAAAAUAUUGGCGAUUAUUGUUUCGAGCGAAUUCAUAAGGGUUGGUUGUGCAACCUCUAAUCUAAUCUAACUCGCUAUUUUUCUUUCUCAGAAAAUAUUCAAAGGCGUCAUAAAAACUGAGGAUUCAUUUUAAUCACAUAUUUCAUUUCAAAGCAGCUAAGCAAACUAUAAACCUAUAAAAAAAGCGGUGGUAUGAAAAAGACCAGCGAAAAUUCAAACGGCGACUUUUUCCGAUUUUUUUCAUAUCGCUAGGGAACUUUCCGACGGCCACCUUUCCGACGAAUCUUUUUUUCCGACUUUUUUUUCUCGAUAAAAUCUUCGUUUUAAAUCUUCCUAUAUAAAGUAGGUAGUUGGUUCAUGAUUAAAACACAAAGAAGUAGGAAAAAAAUGUUUAUAGAUGUUUUAUAAACCGAAAAACUUGAGGGUAAAAGUCGGAAACAUCUCCGUCGGAAAGUUCCCUAGCGAUAUGAAAAAAUCGGAAAAGUCGCCGUUUGAAUUUUCGCUGGUGUUUUUUUUUUCUCAUACCACCAAAAAAGCAGAGGUUUUGAGAAAACCAAGGCUACCGUUCUAAACAUAGAAACCUGCAGCUUUGCCCCGAGGGAACCUACGGCGAGAGCUGUUCGAUGAAAUGCGAAUGCGGCGAGAAUUCGUUGUGCGAUCCGAUCACUGGCAAGUGCUUCUGCAAACCUGGCUUCGGCGGCGAGGACUGCAAAAAAGGCUGCGUGCAGGGCCGCUACGGCAGCGACUGCAAGGAGUUGUGCGCCUGCGAGAACGGCGGCGUCUGCGAUGUCGAGACCGGCGGAUGCAUCUGUCCUCCUGCCUUCAUCGGCACCAAGUGCGAGACGGCUUGUCCGUCGGAUCGCUUUGGCCCAACGUUAGUUUCGAGAAUACAAACAUAUUUCGAGGCUUAUAAGAAGGAUGCCUUUUAGAAGAAAGUGUUUGUAUUGGCUGAAGUUAGUACAAUUUUUGAUAAACUAAGAAUCGUCGCUUAUCGAGAAAUUCCUUAAAGUAUGAACUUAAUGGGAACUUUUAUAGUGUCUUGAAAAAUAAUAAGAAUUAAUGGCGGUUUGAAAAUCACACGCGAAGAAGUGCGAAGAGAAAAUAUUUGUACGUCUUUUGUGCGUUUUUUAAGCUAAAAAAGAGUUUGAUACGUAGUCCUGAAAAAAUUUACCCACGCUUAAACCUUCUUCGCACUAUUAUUUUUGAUCAUAUAUAAAAUAAUAUCUUUGGUCCGGGAAAUAAUGGUUCAAGACAACGGUGAAUCGAGUAUUUCUUUUUUACUGUAAGCCACAUAGUCCUUUUUGUCCCGAGUGUUCUCAUAUUUUUCAUAAGGUUAUGAAAUGGCUCGAUCUGAGAAUAUUGAGAAUAUUGAGAAUCUAACCGUGAAAAUUAACUAGAUGCGAGAAGAUUUGCAACUGCGAAAACGGAGGCGCCUGCGACAGACUGACAGGCCAAUGCCGAUGUGCACCUGGAUUCACAGGCAUCACCUGCAACCAAGGUUUCUCAAUGAGCUCUCAAUUUUAUAAAAUAGUUUCCUUAGUAUGCCCCGAUGGCCGCUGGGGCGCCGGAUGCAAAGAAAAAUGCCGUUGUACGAAUGGUCACUGUGAUCCCACAACCGGCUCUUGCAGGUCCGACUUUUUUUUUUCGGAUUGUAGACCAAAUCGGCAGCUUUCAGAUGUAACCUGGGAUAUAUGGGUCCAACUUGUGAACAGUCUUGUCCAUCAGGGAAGUACGGCCUCAACUGCACGCUCGACUGCGAGUGCCACGGCCAAGCCAGGUAUCACUUUUUCUUUGCUGCUUGCCAAACAGAACUUGGAACAUUUUUGUCAAAUAUUUUCUAAUCGUAUUGAUGGUGCAUAUUUGAAGUUUUUCUCGUGAUCUCGAGGGAAAGGGAUGGUAGAAUCUCAGAAAUUGGGGUUAGCGUUGAGCCAAAGCUUUGUCGUAUCCCAUUCUCGUCUUGAUUUUUGCUAGUUCGUUCUAUUUUCACUCUUGCAAGUCAAUAUUGUUUCCAGAUGUGAUCCAGUACAAGGCUGCUGUGACUGUCCUCCCGGGCGCUAUGGAACUCGCUGUCAAUUCAGUAAGUUUCGCUUUUUCCGACGUUUGUUCAGCGUAAAAUAAAGUUUCUGCGAAAAAAGUUGUUAUUUCGCGGUCAUCUCAACGGACUUACUACAGGUGUUAUCAAAUUUUAUGUUCUAAGUGUGAACGGUUCAAACGAUAGAAAAUAAAAUAAAUAUUAAAUGUUUAACCGACGAUCAAAAGCAAUUGGUUGGAAAUAUUUUGUUGAGAAGUUAAAUAAAAUGGCGACACAAUAUUGAAGAAAAGAGUAGUCUCACAUCCGAAAUCCUCAUUAGAAUUCAUUUUCUCUUUGAUUCCAAGCCACUGUUGAUUUCUUUACUUUAUUGAUUUUAUAUUAACUGGUAUUUCCUCAAUGGGGUUUUCAGUGUGUCCUACGGGUUUCUAUGGUUGGUACUGCUCUCAGUCUUGCUCCUGCCAAAACGGAGCAUUCUGCGAUCCGGCUGAUGGCCGAUGUCUGUGUCCUGCAGGUUUCCAGGGCGAUAAGGUCUUUUUCCGACGAUGUCCAACUGUAAAAGAUGGAUUUAUAGUGCGAACAAAGCUGCUCCAACUCAACUUAUGGGCCGGCAUGUAGCCAAAAGUGCGACUGCGGCGACUUUCCUUGCAAUCCGGUCGAAGGAUCGUGCAUCUGUCCUGUUGGAUUACACGGGGCCAAAUGCGAGCAAGGUAUUCGAAAUGUUAAAAAAUGACCAAAACUGACAUUUUCACAUGUAGCUGAUAGAAUUUUUGAAUCUUUUUGAAAGCCGCUUUUUUCAAAAAAAAAAUUUGGCAAAAAAAUUAAAAAAAGAUUUCAACUUUUAUUUAGUUUUUUUGGUUCUCAUAUUCGUAUGAAAAGCCAACCUCAACAACUUUCAAGUCAAAAUGUAUAAGUUGGAACUGAGAUUGGUUUUGUUGACCUUUCUUUGAAAUUCCUGUCUCUACUCAUAAAGGAGUUUUUUUGUCUGCAUUUCUUUUUUUGAAACUUCCAGAAAACCUUGAAAAAAGGUAGUUCCAAAGGGACAAUUUUUGCAGAAUGCCGACCUGGAAGGUACGGAGACUCAUGCGAACACAAAUGCCAAUGCUUCAACGGCGCCUCGUGUCAUCCCAAAACGUUUGUGGAUCCGCCUUUUUGUUUCAAAACGUCUGAAUUUCAGCGGAAAAUGUUCGUGCUCCCCUGGCUGGCUCGGUGCCACCUGUCAAGUCGAAAUGGCGGAUCCCAACGACGUCGCGAUUCGAGGCGACCUUCCUGAAGACUGGGAGUGGCGUAGGAAACGAUGA